CGCGGCCUUGCACUUCUUCGGUAGUCGUUCGACCGACGUCUCGCGCGCGCACACACACACAUACACCCAGUGGCGACCAGUACACUCGCAGUGUGCACAUCAGUCGUUGCGCGAGCAGCACCGGUAAUAACCGCGGUACCAGUAGCAACGGUGGGCAAGUGGUGCGAGUCUGGCCCGCGCGCGUGUGUCCGGCAGUAGUCGUUCUCGUCGCUGCGAUCUUCGCGUAAUCGGUUGAUUGAUUUUUAAUUUUCUUUCAGUUUUUUUUUGUUUCGUUUUUAGUGACCACACCGGUGUUCGACCCUAUCGCCCCAACUUUUGCAGUGUACCUACCGUAUCGAUACCGGUGUAUUUUCCGCGUGCGCCCCCCCCCCCCGAUUUCGGCGUACAAUACGGUCCAAUAAACUGUGUCACGAUGAACGCGUUUUAAACUGUUAUCCGCGUCGACCGAUGACUUCGGACAGCAAUAAUAAUAGCAUCACCGCGACAAUGGGCAAACCGAACGUCUGAAAAGCAAACGAACGCACUCGACCCGACGGGUUUUUCCGUAGUUUUCUCCCGACAUCGAAUUCGCGCGCGCGCAGUGUACCGACCGCGGACAAUAUCGUGUUUUCGUUUCCGCGGUACACCGUCGGCUGCGACCGUAGUAUAGUGUGAUGGAAACGUGCGUGCUCAUACCGAAGGAACUGUCCUUGCAGGCAGUGCCGGCGCAAGCUAACGCGCCCAGGACCAACAAGAGACACUUGGAACCCGAAAUCACCGUGAUGACGAACGUGAACGUGUCCAGAGGGACUCUCAUCUAUCCGUUCCAAGGCACCGUGCGCAUGGACAAAUUGGAUGUAUUCUCUUUCCUGGAUGACACAGACAUAAGGCACAGAUUCGGUUGCUACGACCAGGUGACCGAGGUGAACAGACUCAGAGUGCGUUAUUGUAAUUGGGUCCGGUUUUUGAAAAUCACGCAGCACCAUUCCGAACAACAUGUCAACGUAUUGGGAACCAAAAUAAAAGGCGAACCCAUGUACGAAGUGAUCAAAAACAUACCCGCGAACACGGAGCUGAUCGUGCACUAUCUGCCGGAGCGGCCCGAAGAGAUAUUCUUCAUGCCCGCGGUGCACUACCUGAGGAACACGCUGUACAGGCGCACCAUGGACACGAUUCUCGAAGAUUCACCGUUAGACCUGUCUAUGUCACUAUUAUCCAGAGUAUAUGGAACAUCUUCCGCUUCAUCGGCAUCUUCACCACCGAGUGGGCUGGACACUGAUGAACGUAAAUCAUUGUCUGGCGAAUCUUCAUCAGCAAACUCGCUGUCCGGUGACAUGACGUCGUUGGAUCAUCACGUGAACAUGAUCGUGUCCACUCCGGUGAAACCAAGACCAUUCCGCGGCGAACGAACUCUUUUGCCGUGCGAGGUGUGCCGCAAAGCUUUUGAUCGACCGUCGUUGCUCAAAAGGCACAUGAGAACCCACACUGGCGAAAAACCUCAUGUUUGUGCCGUGUGCAACAAGGGAUUUUCAACGUCCAGCUCGUUGAACACGCAUCGGCGGAUCCACAGCGGUGAAAAACCGCAUCAGUGUGGUGUGUGCGGAAAACGGUUUACAGCCAGCUCUAAUCUCUACUACCACCGAAUGACUCACAUAAAGGAAAAACCACACAAAUGUACUCUGUGUGCAAAAUCAUUCCCUACUCCUGGUGAUUUGAAAUCUCACAUGUACGUACACAACGGAUCGUGGCCUUUUAAAUGUCACAUUUGCAACAGAGGAUUCAGUAAGCACACGAAUUUGAAAAAUCAUCUGUUUCUGCACACUGGGGACAAACCGCACGCUUGCGAACUAUGCCAAAAGAAAUUUGCCCUAGCAUGCAACCUAAGAGCGCACAUGAAGACCCACGAGAGUGAAACUCAAGAAGAAUGUAACAAGUGCGGUAAGGUGUACAUGGCACCGGAAUCGGACAAGGGUCGAGGCACGUGUCCCGAGUGCGCCCCACCACCGUCGAUCGUUAUCAUGAAGACCGACGGCGGUGGGUCACCAUCACCUGCGGACGACGCAUCUUAUGGCGGCAAUUCAACGGUCGACUCGGAGGACAGCCGAUGCUCAUCGAUGGGAUCCAUGGAGGGCAAAGGCAUAUGAAGGAAAUAGCAGUGCAGAACGGGCGGUGUGUGGGCCACUACCGGGUUUUAAUUAAAAACGAAAAAAUAAAAGAUAAAUAUAAACAAAUAAUAAAAUAAAGUACCUAUUUAGACAUUUUUCGUGUUGGAACAUCUACGUACCUGUGCACGGUGUGUACAGUUGUCUAAUAAUCGUAUGUGCUCGGUGCCGACCAAAAAUAACGCCAGCAGCUCUUCUGCGAGACAAUAUUAUAAAUAACGUGUUUUAUGUGUUCGAUGACAUGCAGACCUGAUCGUUGACUAUGCCGAAAAGAAAGAAUAAAAAAAAAAAAAAGGAACGAAACGGAAUAAAA